AUGGGAUCCAUCCAACCCAAAGAACAGCAGUACGAUGUCCUUAUCAUCGGCGCCGGUCUUUCGGGUAUCUGCGCACUUCACAACUUCCGCAAGCGCUUUCCUUCGUGGCAUGUAGGAGUUCUCGAAGCAGCCGAUAAUGUUGGAGGAACUUGGUAUUGUAACCGCUACCCGGGGGCACGAGUCGAUACCGAAUCACUCUCCUACGCAUACUCGUGGGAUAAGGACCUUUUGAACGAAUGGACCUGGAAGGAGUCCUUCUCCACCCAGUCAGAUGUCCUCCGUUAUAUUGAACAUGUCUGCGACAAGCAUGACCUCCACAGGAAUAUCCAACUCAAUACCCGAGUUAAGACGGCCCUUUGGCAGGAUAAGAACAAUACGUGGCUGUUUCGCGACGAAGUCGGCACCAAUCACCGGACCCGUUUCUUCGUCAGCUGCAUGGGCUUCCUGUCAACCCCGACGCUCCCUGCUAUUCCAGAUAUUCAACUGUUUCAAGGCAAAUCUUUUCAUACUUCCCGCUGGCCGAAGGACUUUGACAUGAGUCAUGAUCUGGCCAAUAAGCGAGUCGGUGUUAUCGGCACCGGAGCAACAGGCAUCCAAACAAUCACAGCCAUAUCAAAAGAGCCGAGCAUCAAAUCAUUGAAUGUUUUCCAACGAACGGCGAACUGGUCCGCGCCACUACGAAACGAGCCGAUUAGCCCUGAGCAGAUGGAACAGCAUCGGAAGGACUACGAUGCCCUUUUCCAGCUUUGCGCUUCAACACCCAGUUGCUUCAUGCACCAGGCCGACCCGCGGAAGUCUCUAGAAGUUUCUGCAGACGAGCGGCUAGCGCUUUGGGAAGAUAUCUAUGCGAAGCCCGGUUUUGCCAAAUGGCUUGGCACGUUCAGCGAUACAUACAAUAACCGCGAAGCAAACAAACUCUACUCCGACUUUAUGGCCAGUAAGAUUCGAGCUAGAAUAAAUGAUCCCGAGGUUGCUGAUAGCUUGAUUCCAAAGAAUCACGGCUUCGGCACACGACGGGUCCCCCUUGAAAGUGGCUACUUUGAGGCGUUUAACCAGCCUAAUGUCCACCUUGUUGAUCUCAAGAGGACUCCAAUUGAGCGAGUUACAAGGAAUGGCAUUAUCACGUCUGAUGGCAAAGAGCAUAAAUUGGAUAUUUUGAUUUACGCAACAGGAUUUGAUGCCAUUACCGGUGCGUUCAGCUCCAUUGAUUGGACAGGAAAAGACGGCCGACCACUCCUUGGCUCCAGCAACACCAAGGAAGGCGAGCAAGCUAUUUGGGUUGACCAUCGACCGCGUACAUACUUGGGUAUGACCGCUUGUUCUAUGCCCAACAUGUUCAUGGUUCUAGGCCCCCAUCAACCAUUUGGUAACGCUCCUCGAACCAUCGAGCACGCUGUCCAGGUUAUUUCGGAUCUCCUGCAACACUGCAAAGACAAUAACUACUCCUAUGUAGAACCAACGGGAGAAGCCGUGGAUGCAUGGACUGAACACGUUGUUGAAAGCAGCAAAGGUGCCCUGUCGAACGAAAUCGAUAGCUGGAUGACCGGGGUUAAUACGAAUGUGAAGGGCAAGACAGUUCGGAGUGUUGCGAGGUAUGCUGGGAGCGCGAUAGAAUAUCGUCGGAGAUGUGCCGAGUCUAAAGCAGCUGGUUGGAAGGGGUUGGCAUUUGCCCAACUCUCGAACUCCAAGCUUUGA